AACUGGUACGAUGGACUCGGCGAGUGGGUUGAAGCAUGCGGCAGCUGGAGACGGUGAGAGGCGGCGUCCUGUGGGUGCGCAGAGCGGCAAGCCAUUCCAGAGAGACUCGUGGCCCCGAAUGACCAAGCAGUUCCUGAAAGAGCACUGCAAGCAACAGAAACUCUACUCCACCCCGCACCUCAACGAGACCCUGUACCUGCACUUCAAGGGUUUCUCCACCAUCGAGAACCUGGACGAGUACACUGGACUCAAGUGUCUUUGGCUGGAGAACAAUGGCCUGCAGCGCAUCGAGAACCUGGACGCUCAGACCAGCAUGCGAUGCUUGUUCCUUCACCAAAAUCUUAUUCGCAAACUGGAGAACCUGGACCACAUGCUGGACCUCUGCACCCUGAACGUCUCCAAUAACUUAAUUCACAUCAUUGAGGGGAUCUCUGGACUUCCUCAGCUCAGCACUCUGCAGAUAUCCCACAACAAGCUGCAGACCGCCGACGACAUAAAGCACCUGAGCGAGUGCUUGUCCAUCAACGUGUUGGACUUGUCUCACAACCAGCUCAAUGACCCACAGAUACUGGUGGUCCUGGAGGCCAUGCCUGAACUCAGAGUACUGUAUCUGAUGGGAAAUGACGUUGUAAGGAAAAUCCCAAACUACAGGAAGACUUUGAUCGUGCGCCUCAGGCAGCUCACCUUCCUGGACGACCGCCCCGUGUUCCCCAAAGACCGGGCCUGCGCUGAAGCCUGGGCGAAGGACGGCGUGGAAGGAGAGCGCAAAGAGCAUGCGGCGUGGCAGUCUCGCGAGCACAAGAAGCUCCAGGAGAGUCUGGAUGCCAUGGCCAUGAUUCGGCAGAGAGCUCGGGAGAGACUGGGCGGUCGACCAGCAGAGCUGGAGAGAGCACCAGAUGAAGCAGCGGAGAACAUCCAUGAGGUGGUGCAGAACACCGUGGAAGCCUACGACCAGCUCUUAGAAGAUCGAGCGACAACCCAGGCGCCUGAGGAUCACUCUGGCAGCAAGACAAUCCAAAAAGAGUCGCCGAUUCAAGGCCUAAAUCCAGAACAGACGAUGGUGCAAGGAGACGAGAUCCAGACAGACGUCCAGGUUGAAGGCACAAAUCUGGAGCAGGAGAGUCAGACAUCGGCGAUCCAACAGAUGGAGCAAGUGCAGAGCCAGACAGAGGACUUGGGUCAGACAUCCAGCGACCAAAUGUUAGAGCCAAUCCAUCCAGGUGAGCUGUGUGGUGAGGCUCAAGUGGAGAGACCAGAGAACCAGGAACAAAACUCUGGGAUAAAGGAGGCUGAGGACUGCCCAGUGAAGCCUGAGAGGUUCAGUGCUGAGCCAACCCAGGAGACUGCUGGGGUCACACAGUCUGAUACAGAGGGACUCACUCGAGAAGAGCCUGAGCCCGAGGAGUCCAAGCUCAUAGAGAACAUGUAUCUGCAGCAGUUGAACACCAGAUCUGACGAGAAGGAAGUGAACGUAGGGCAGCAGAGAGAAGAGCCGGCGACAAAGACCGAGUUCCAGGAGGUUGAUGUAGAGCUGGUUGAUCUGGAGCUGCUGAUCGAAGAGUUGCCCAGCUCAGAGUUGAACACCCGACCAGCCAGAAUGCAGGAGACUUCCGGGCCCGACUCAGAUCAUGUGACCGCUGUGUUAGUAACCCAACAGUCAGAGCCAGUGGCGCUGCAGGACAUGGACCCAGAUCAGCUCAGUGAAGCAUCGCUGGAGGACAAACCAGACCCAGAUGAACUGAAGAUGCUUGACACUGGAGGGACUUCGGAGCCUGUCGAGAGCCACUCACAGGGGGAGGAGUCAACUCCAGUUGGACCUCAGGCUGAAAUGGAGAAAGAAUUUGAGCAAGGCGAAAGGGUGACGGAGUUGCAGGUCAUGGAGUUGAACGCAGGGGAAAGAGCCACCACAGAGCAAAGCUGUCUUCAGGUGGACAUCAACAUCCACUGCAAGACAUGUGAGACGGACGGCCAACAUGUUGAGUGGGGAAAGACAGACACCAAGGUUCAGACGGAGACAGAGGACCAGAGAGAAGAAGACUUCAAGACAGCUCAACGUUCAGAGGCCGAGAAGAUAUUGGCUGCAGAACAGCAAGAGUUAGACCCACAGCAGCUGCUGAAGCUAGAGAAUCCAGGUGAGGCCUGUGAGGAGCUUCAGGAAGACGCUCAGGUGUCAGAGAGAGGAGGAUUAAAAACAGAGCUGGACACCAGAGAGCUAACGGGACAGAAGAGUGGGACAGAGGUGAUGGAUCCAGAGCUGCUGAUCCAGGAGGAAGUGAUGUCACAGUUACAAGGAUUUGCCAGUGCUCAGAGGGAAAAUGAGUCACAGGAAGAAAUCUUGCCAAGUGACAUCCCAAAGUCUGAGACAGAGGGAAUCAAUCCAGAGCUGCUGAGCGAAGAGCUGCAGAGAGACAAGUCGGAUGAGGUCGAGAUGACUGCAAAGACUCUGAGCGAGGGGUCGGACCGACACCCCUUUGGCUCAGAAACAGAGUGGGUCAUUCUAGAGAAGCCGGGAGAGUUUGAUGGAGAGAGAGAUGUCCAACCUCCAGAGAAAGAGGAGCAAGAGCCGACCGGUCCUCUGCAGCUGAGCGAAGGGUUGGAGGACACAGAUCCAGAGCAAGAGAGUCUGACAGAAGGAGAGAUAGAAGUGGAUCCAGGACAUCUGAGAGACGAGUUGCUGAGAGAGGGGUCCAGUGAACAUGGGUCCGAGCAGGAGGAGGAGGAGGAGAGGAGUGUUCCAGAGCCGGAGACAGAAGCAGAGGAAGAGAACUGGUCCUCAUGGCGUCAGGGGUCAGACAAAGAGGGAGAAACCCUGAGGCUCCAGUCAGAGGUGUCGACAGAAAAAGACAGGAGUUUAGAGGAGUUGAUUCUGGAGAUGCAACCAGAGCAAAUCAUUCACCCCCAUUCCCCGAAAGACUCGAGCCAGCUGGAGACAGAGUGGGUCGUCCUCGAGGCGACUGGUGGCUUGUGGAGACAGGAGUCAGGAGAAGACGGCCAGCAGCACAGGCUGAGCAGGAACUCAGUCACUCCUGAGCUGCAGAAGGAAACGCUCGAGUGCCAGGAUGAAGAGUCUUGUCCCCAACAGUCAGAACAAGUGGGAAGCACUUCAGAGUUGAAGGGAGAAGACCUGGACCUGAAGAAUCCAGAGCAGCUGAGCAAGGAGUCACUGAUGGAGGAGGCCUGGCCUGAUGAGGAAAUAGAGCAGAUGACUCUGGAGCAGCAGUGCCAGGAGUCAAAUACAGAAACAGAGAAGCAAGAUGGAGUAGGUAGUGGUCAGGUGGACGAGGUCCAGAGUGGGCAGGCCAAGAAGGUCAGUCCAGAGUUGCAGAGAGAGGAGACCCAAGUGUCUGGAGCAGAGAGGAUGGGACAGGCAGUGUGGAGCAGAUCAGUGCAGAAGUCUGACGAGAACUGGGGAGAGAUUUCGGACACAGGCAUCCAGAGCCAAGAUGGCCAAAACCAGAUCAGACCUGAACCUCUUCAAGAGCAGAACUUUGAGGAGUCAAAGGACAGCGCCCCUGUUUCAGAGCCUGAACAUGCAAUGAUCAUAGAGGAGCUACUGCAGGAGUUCAACGUUGAGAUGUCCAAUCCAGACUCCCCAAGCUUCCAAGAAGGGGAUGGAUUAUUCGGAACGAAGGACUUCAUUCCGUGGCAACUGCAGGCGGUGUGCCAGUCCCAGCUGUGUCAGAUUGAGACCCUAAAAGCAGAGGAAACACUCUGGAUGGAGAACACCAGUGUGUGCCAGCUGAGCACCGACCGUCAGGCGGAGGUGUCAGAGACAGACGCGCACGAUCUGACGGAGAUCAAUGAAGAACAGCAGUCCACAAGGCUCCUGGCAGAGAGGGACGCUGAGAUCCCACAGUCCCCGAGUAUAGGUCCAGAGGAGCCCACUGCAGAGCUGCAUGGCAAAGAUUGGGAGAGCCAGGGGUUCAGGACUGAGGAGGAGAACAGACCAGACUCAGAGAGAACCCAGACACAGCUUCUCACUGAAGGGAUCCAGAGGGAACAAGACAAGUGUCAGCUAAAGCAAGAGACAGAGGAGGCGCGAGCUGAGGCAAAGAGAUCAGAGGAACACAUGGAACUGGAGCUCACUGAAGGGAUGAGGAGUGAGGAGUUAGAGAGCGCUGUCCAACAUCCAGAUGAAGAGAAGAUCAAGCCAGUGAAACAGACGGGACAAGAAGGUUUUAUUGUGGAGCAGCAGACUGACACGUUGGGAGGUGAGAUGUUGGAGAUGGACAUGGACCAGCUCAACCCAGAGCUGCAGAGUGAAGAGCAUGAGACCGAGACUGAAGACGUCGAGGUGAACAAUCCAAACCAUGUGACAGAGUCAGAGAAUGACCAACAGCAGUUUGGGCCAAAUGCAGAGGUGACUGAAGAACAGAUACAUGGAGAGCAGCAGACUGAGGAAGAGAAGCCAGAGACGUUCAGGCGGCUAGAGUGUGAGGAGCUGCAGACGCAGACAGAGGACGCAGGUGAAGCUUGCAGCUGUGACCUGUCAGAGAUGGACACUGGUCAGCUAACACAACCUCAUCCAUAUCAGCCUGGUGAAGAGACAGAGCGAUGGGAGUCAGAGGCAGAGAACAACAAGACCUCAGAGGAGACAGAGCUCAUUGAGCAAGAGUGCCAUUGUGAAGCUACACAAAGUGCAGAGCUUUGGUUUGAGCUACAAGACAGAGAAGUCACUCCAGACCGACCAGUGCAGCAAGAGAAGCUGGAGGAAAGGAGUCCUGAGCAGCUGAGUGAGGAGCCUGAAGACAUCAAGACAUCACAUGCAGGGCAAACAUUGGCCUCAGAUGAGUUCCACUUGGACAAGCUACAGGGUGAGAAGAGUGAGGAGGAUGUCAACCAACUACAGCUGUGUGGAGGGGAGGACGGGGAACAGUCUUGUGGUGGUCCAUCUGAGAUGGAGAAGAGUCCAGAGGAGAUCACAGAGGUGCUGCAGAGGUCUGACUCCAGCAGCCAACAGCUGGACUUGGAGCAGCUCGGCCUCGAGCUGAACAGUAAUUGGGGCAAGCCACACGUCCACAAUCCAAAGCUGGAAAUGGAGGAGAGGGAAGUUCUCAAUGCAGAGAAAUGUCAGAGAAAAGCAACAGAAGAUGAUGACCUGACAGCCGGAGAGGAACUGAUGCCUAGAGCAGUAGUGAUCUCUGAAACACGGAGCAAUCAAGAAACAACAGAGGACGUGUCAGAGGCAGCAGAGAUCGAGGAGCUGAAGUCAGAGGGGCCUAAGUGUGAUGAUCACAAGUCUGAGGCGCUGGUGUCUGAUGACCAGUCUCAGGAACAGCAGCAGUCUGAGGAGCUCAAGUCUGACAAGCAGCAGUCUGAGGAGCAGAAGUUUGAUGAUCAAAAGUCUGAGGAGCUGGAGUCUGAUGAUCCCAAGUCUGGGGAGAAGCAGAAGUCUGCAGAGCAGCAGAAGUCUGAGGAGCUGGAGUCUAAUGAUCACAAGUCUGGGGAGCAGCAGAGGUCUGAGGAGCUGGAGUCUAAUGAUCACAAGUCUGGGGAGCAGCAGAAGUCUGAGGAGCUGGAGUCUAAUGAUCACAAGUCUGGGGAGCAGCAGAAGUCUGAGGAGCUGGAGUCUGAUGAUCACAAGUCUGGGGAGCAGCAGAAGUCUGGGGAGCAGCAGAAGUCUGAGGAGCUGGAGUCUGAUGAUCACAAGUCUGGGGAGCAGCAGAAGUCUGAGGAGCUGGAGUCUAAUGAUCACAAGUCUGGGGAGCAGCAGAAGUCUGAGGAGCUGGAGUUUGAUGAUCACAAGUCUGGGGAGCAGCAGAAGUCUGGGGAGCAGCAGAAGUCUGAGGAGCUGGAGUCUAAUGAUCACAAGUCUGGGGAGCAGCAGAAGUCUGAGGAGCUGGAGUUUGAUGAUCACAAGUCUGGGGAGCAGCAGAAGUCUGGGGAGCAGCAGAAGUCUGAGGAGCUGGAGUCUAAUGAUCACAAGUCUGGGGAGCAGCAGAAGUCUGAGGAGCUGGAGUCUAAUGAUCACAAGUCUGGGGAGCAGCAGACGUCUGAGGAGCUGGAGUCUAAUGAUCACAAGUCUGGGGAGCAGCAGAAGUCUGGGGAGCAGCAGAAGUCUGGGGAGCAGCAGAAGUCUGGGGAGCAGCAGAAGUCUGAGGAGCUGGAGUCUGAUGAUCACAAGUCUGGGGAGCAGCAGAAGUCUGAGGAGCUGGAGUCUGAUGAUCACAAGUCUGGGGAGCAGCAGAAGUCUGGGGAGCAGCAGAAGUCUGAGGAGCUGGAGUCUAAUGAUCACAAGUCUGGGGAGAAGCAGAAGUCUGGGGAGCAGCAGAAGUCUGAGGAGCUGGAGUCUAAUGAUCACAAGUCUGAGGAGAAGCAGAAGUCUGGGGAGCAGCAGAAGUCUGAGGAGCUGGAGUCUGCGGAGCAGCAGUCUGAUGAGCUGAAGUCUGAUGAUCACAAGUCUCAGGAGCUGAAGUCUGAUGACCAGAGGUCUCAGGAGCAGCAGCAGUCUGAGGAGCAAUUGUUUGAUGAUCAAAAGUCUGAGGACCUGGAGUCUGCGGAGCUGCAGUCUGAUCAUCAGAAGACUGAAGAGCAGCAGUCUGAUGAGCUGAAGUCUGAUGAUCACAAGUCUCAGGAGCUGAAUUCUGACGACCAGAGGUCUCAGGAGCAGCAGCAGUCUGAGGAGCAAUUGUUUGAUGAUCAAAGGUCUGAGGACCUGAAGUCUGCGGAGCAGCAGUCUGAUGAUCAGAAGACUGAAGAGCAGCAGACUGAGGAGCUGAAGUCUGAUGAUCAAAAGUAUGACGAGCAGCAGUUUGAGGAGCAGAUGUAUGAGGAGCUCAAGUCUGAGGAGCAGCGGAAGUCUGAGGAGCACAAAUAUGAGGAGCUCAAGCCUGAGGAGGAGCAGAAGUCUGAGGAGCUCAAGUCCGAGGAGCUGAAGUCUGAGGAGCUCAAGUCCGAGGAGAAGUCUGAGGAGCAGAUGUCUGAGGAGCAGAUGUCUGAGGAGCAGAUGUCUGAGGAGCAGAUGUCUGAGGAGCAGAUGUCUGAGGAGCAGAGGUCUGAGGAGCAGAGGUCUGAGGAGCUCAGGUAUGAGGAGCAGAGGUUUGAAGAGCUCAAGUAUGAGGAGCAGAUGACUGAGGAGCUCAAGUAUGAGGAGCAGAUAUCUGAGAAGAUGACGUCUCAGAUGAUGAAAUCUGAUGAUCAGAAGCCUGAGGAUCUCUACUCUGAGAAGAUCAAGUCCGAGGAGCUGGAGUCUGAUGAGCAGAAGUCUAAGGAGCUCAAGUCUGUGGGCACAUAUUCAGAGGGAAAAGAGCAACCUUGCGGUCUCUCUGGCGACUCCUGGCUGGUUGACAUCCCAUUGGACUGA